CGGUGUUUUGUAAAUUGUAUAAUAUUUGAUCGGAAGAAAACUUGUUUCGCCGGUGUUUACUGAUAUUUAUUUUACCAAUGAAAAGCAACGAUAACGAAACAUGAUGACGUGUGCUUUGCCGUAAGUGAAAGUAACAUAUUAGUGGUAGGAGUCAUUUGCAAAGGCCUUCAAUAACAGUCGGGUUGCGGAUCGCUCGCAGUCUCUCGUCGGUUGUGGUUUAGUGCACUCGAGUCGUCGUAAACAUUCUAUCGUAACAAUGUGUGGAAUUUUCGCAUAUAUUAAUCACUUGACACCUAAGAGUCGGCGUGAAAUUUUGGAAUUACUUGUCAAUGGAUUGAAACGUUUGGAAUACCGAGGAUAUGACUCUGCUGGUGUCGCUAUUGACGCCGCUGACCAGAAAGAUAUUGCUGUCUUAAAAAAAAAGGGCAAAGUAGCAGCUCUUGAAGAAUUACUUCAACAACAAUGCUUGGACUUGGCAGUUGAAGAAUGUGUAGAUUCCCACUGUGGUAUUGCUCAUACCCGUUGGGCCACUCAUGGUGAACCAAGUGCUGUUAACUCUCACCCUCAGCGUUCAGGAGAAGACAAUGCUUUUGUUGUCAUUCACAAUGGUAUUAUUACCAACUACAAGGAAGUAAAAACCUUUCUAGAAAAUAAGGGAUAUUGUUUUGAAUCCCAAACUGACACCGAAGCUAUUGCUAAGCUGGUUCAUCACAUUUAUAGUCAACACAAGGAUUACAGUUUCCAAGAGCUGGUAGAACAGGUAAUUCAGCAGCUAGAAGGUGCCUUUGCAUUAUGCUUCAAAUCCCGCUACUUUCCAAAUGAAUGUGUUGCAACACGAAGAGGAAGUCCUUUACUUGUUGGUAUCAAAACAAGACGCCGUCUAUCAAGUGACCAUGUACCUAUUAUGUACAAUAACAACAAGGCUACUCGUGGCGUAGUUCCUUCUUUACCUCGGGUUAACAGCCAUGCUCAUUUUGAACCAGAAGAAGAGAGGGAAGUUGAAUACUUCUUUGCCUCUGAUGCUUCUGCUGUUAUCGAACAUACCAACAGAGUUCUGUACUUUGAAGAUGAUGAUGUAGCUCAUAUAAAGGGUGGUGUCCUUAGUAUCCACCGUAUGUCUGGAAGCAGCACUGAUCCUCAUCAACGAGAGAUUUUCACACUUAAGUUGGAAUUGCAACAAAUUAUGAAAGGAAAUUAUGAGUACUUCAUGCAAAAAGAAAUUUUUGAGCAGUCAGAGUCUAUUGUAAAUACCAUGAGGGGUCGUCUUAACUUUGCUGACGGAACUGUUACACUUGGAGGAAUCACAGACUAUAUUCCAGAAAUCAAGCGUUGCCGUAGACUAAUGCUAAUUGGAUGUGGAACAAGUUACCACAGUGCAGUGGCAACUCGUCAAUUACUUGAAGAGUUGACAGAGCUGCCUGUGAUGGUUGAAUUGGCUUCAGAUUUCUUGGACAGAAAUACACCAGUAUUCCGUGAUGAUGUGUGCUUCUUUAUUUCACAGUCUGGAGAAACUGCAGAUACUUUAAUGGCAUUAAGAUAUUGCAAACGUCAUGGAGCUCUGAUUGUUGGAAUAACAAAUACAGUUGGUAGUUCAAUCUGUCGUGAGUCCCAUUGUGGUGUACAUAUUAAUGCUGGUCCGGAAAUUGGUGUGGCCUCAACGAAGGCUUAUACCUCACAAUUUGUAUCCCUUGUUAUGUUUGCCUUGGUAAUAAGUGAAGACAGAAUUUCUCUCCAAAAGAGAAGGGCUGAUAUAAUUGCAGGCUUGCAUGAAUUGGACCAAAAGAUUAAACAGGUCUUAGCACUAGAUGAUAAAGUGAAGGCCCUGGCUGAAGAUCUCUACCGUCAGCGGUCUCUUUUGAUUAUGGGCCGUGGAUAUAACUUUGCCACUUGUUUAGAAGGAGCCUUGAAAGUCAAAGAAUUGACAUACAUGCACAGUGAAGGUAUUAUGGCUGGAGAAUUGAAACACGGGCCAUUGGCGCUGAUCGAUGAUUCUAUGCCUGUUAUGAUGAUUGUUAUGCGUGACCCGGUUUAUACAAAAUGCAUGAAUGCCUUGCAACAAGUGACUGCCCGCCAGGGACGUCCAAUCGUCGUGUGUGAAGAAGGUGAUACUGAAACAAAAAGCUUAGCAUCCCGUGUCUUAGAAGUUCCAAAGACAGUAGACUGUCUUCAAGGAGUCCUUACUGUUAUCCCCAUGCAAUUAUUGGCAUUCCAUAUAGCCGUUUUGAGAGAAUGUAAUGUUGACUGUCCAAGAAAUCUUGCUAAAUCUGUAACUGUAGAAUGAUUUUAAGUUAUUUCUCUCAUGCACAAGUUACUUUAUAUUUUUAGAGUUGAUUAGUUUAUUUUUUUGUAUAUAUUAAUUAUGAUAGAUAUCUACGACAUAAUCGUAAUCACAAAUCAGUGCAGAGAUAAUUUUUUGAUAUUUCUAAAGAUUGCAUAAAACAGCUUUAGCUUAAACAAUCAUUCCAUUGAAUUAAAUCUUAACUUUAUGUUGCGUCACAUUCCCGCCACAAUUACUCAAUAUCGGGCCGGUUAAAAUUAUUACGAUAGAUCUUGUCCAAGGUUGGCUUGACAAUUUCUAUUGGCCUAUGGAAUAUUUGCAUGUUUGUGAUUAAUUUUUAUGUUCCCAUUGGAUUUAUAUUUUAUACCAUUUCCAGAAAUUUUGUAAUACUCCUAUAUUGUGUCUAAGUAAUUGCUAGAUAUUAGAGAUUAUACAUUAUUCCUAGUAUAAUUCUUAGGUCCUGUAUAUAAUUUUCGUAUAAAUAAAUAAUUUAGAAUGUU